GAGAAUGAGAAGAUGGAAGGUGGAGGGGACUAGAGGAUGCAGGCUUAGUGGCAACCAUGAGAGCGCUUACGAUCCCGCGUCUCACUCGUUAGAUGUGUUGCUGUCGGACCCGGGAUGGUUUGUUGGAUCCUUUCGUUGACGCCUAUCGACCUGGCGAUGUCUGCGGUCGCCCGAGUCUACCGUCGCCCGUCAACUUCCAGUUGUGUGUCAGACUGCCACCCUGCUGCUGCGACCAUACUUGCUCUCCUCCACGACUUCGUUCCCUCCCUCGGUGCGAUUCAUCCCCCGUUCACCAUGACCAUACAUCUGGUUUGCAUUCUGACUUUCCGGUCUGGCCUGCGCUUGCGCGACGCAGUUUUCACCUUCGUCGUUCUGACGGUGUACCUGUCACAGCUGGAUCGUGACGCACUCCUCGUCCGCCGAUGAUGCAGAAAACCCACGGGCCGUUCUCGAUAA